AGAACCAGAAGCAAAGCUAGCGAGAAGCGAGUAAUCCCAGGCUCCCAGCACAUUAACGCACAAUCACACACUGCUGCCACAGCCACGAAUCUCAGGUGAUUACCGAAGCAAGCAAGCGAAGCGAAGAUGGUGCACGCCGCGACGACCGAGCGCUUCAGUAGCGUGUUCGCCUCCUUCGACCGCAACGCCGACGGCAGGAUCUCGGCGGCAGAGCUGCGGCUGUGCAUGAAGGCGGCGCUGGGUGAGGACGUGUCGGCGGAGGACGCAGAGGCGCUCGUGGCGUUGGCCGACACCGACGGAGACCGGCUGCUGGACGAGCAGGAGUUCCUCCGGCUAGUGGCGCGGCCGGAAACAGAGGAAGAGGAGGAGCGGUGCCGGGGGCUGAGGGAGGCGUUCGCGAUGUACGAGGUGAAGGGCGAAGGGAGCAUCACGCCGGCGAGCCUGAUGCGGAUGCUUGCCAUGCUGGGGUCCGAGCAGGGCAUCGAGGAGUGCCGCGCCAUGAUCCGCAGGUUUGAUCUCAAUGGAGAUGGAGUGGUUUGCUUCGACGAGUUCAAGAUCAUGAUGGAUGCGUAACAGCUUUUUGUCCAUCGGCCAGUCUACUGAAUACUGAUCCUGACUUCCUGAGUAUUUAACAUGCCAGAGAAACAAGAUUAAUUUAGUUUUGGGUGCACCCAAACAUAUUUCACAUAUUCACCAUGUAAAUUUGUUUACCUGCAAUGUGUAUUGUUUUUCAAAGAGAUUAGAAAUAGCACAAUCAACAAAGCUUUGUAGUAAUUCAAAGCAUCUCCAGGGAUAGGAACAUUUUAUCUAUGGGUGUAUAUACACCAUAUAUGAAAAAUAAUAAUUAGUAACUAAAUAAAAAGUCAAAAAAUUGAAUAU